AUGUGCAUUAACAGUCCAUGGCUUCUGACAGACGGACUGAAAAGAGCUACUAAGUUAAGAGAAACUAUGAUAAAGAAAGGCUACCAACCUAACGAUACUAACUACAAUGAUAUGAGUAAAGCUUCUGGAAGAUGCGGAGAUCUUCCUAUGGCAUUUUCUUUGGUAGAUAAAAUGAUUUCUAAAAAAAAUUCGUCUUCGAGAUGA